GCCGUGAAUAGUCGAUAUGUGGCACAUUGUGUGUACCGUGCCGGAGCGAUAGCACCGCGGGCCGAUAGGGCAGGGAGAUUGUGCAGGACCAGCCAGGUAGGGCAUGUGAUGUGACCGGGACAUGUGACCGAGGAGUGACACAGGUGAACAUCGCAACACGGGACACAGGUGUGAGCAGUGAGUCACACGGCGGAACUGGUGAGCAUCAUCCCAAGCGAAAAACAGAUAAUGAUGCAGAUAAUGAUACGGUGCUUGGCUGCACUCGUGCUUCUGGCGGUCUCCGCUAGAUGUCAGGCGGCGAAACUGCUCAUCUACAGCAGCGACCUGUUCGGCCACUACGUGCCGUACAACGAGUCGCUGUACGACUGUCCUCUGAAGCCUGUCUCGAGGAGGGGCCUGUUUCCUCUGACGAUGCAGCUGGAGGGGGAGGAGGACGGAUUGCUGGCCCUGGAGGAGGAGAUCGUGGAACAGUGGCUGCCCUGGGGCGACUGUGGGGUCGGUGGCGUGCCCCGGCUGGUCGGCCAGCUGUCCACGUUCUUUGAGCCGGCUACCGAGAAGUACACCCUGGUGACUGGUGGCAACAUCCUGGGUGACGGGGACUGGGAGUUGCCGGCCAACGUGUCGGCCGCCGCCCUCGCUGCCGUCCAGUUCGAUGUCAUGGGCCUUGGCCCGGGAGAGUUCCUUCGUGGAACACCGUUCCUGAGGGAGUUUCUGACAACUAUCAACGACAGCGCGCCGACCACUGUCGUCGCCUGCAACGUCCAGUCGGACCUCCUGGGUGACCUGAUUAAACCGUAUGUCAUCAUUAACGGUACCCUCUUUGUCGGUGUAGUCGACCCUGUAGUUGUACCGGACUUUGUCGCCCUGGACACAGACCUUCAGCUGUCGAAUACAAGCUGUGUCCAGGAUAUAAUAAACAAACAAAGCAAAAACAAUACGAUACCCGUCGUUGUCGUCGGCUCAGCUGCAUCUCUGGACUCCAGCAUUUUCGAUGCCACCGGCGUCACAGCAUUCGUUAUAUCUGGUCUCCCGAAGCAGGAUAAGCAAAAGGCUUUGAUGGCACAAGACCAAAAGGCUAAUAAAACGACGCUCGUCACUGGCGGCUAUGGAUCUACGAUCGGCAUCUUCAACAUGACCAACCCGUCCGCUGCUCCGAACGUUACCACUCUGGACGGUGACGCUCCUGAGGACAGUGGAACGGCCAACACCACCGCACAGCUGCAGCAGGCGGUGGCCGAUUUCUACGCCACCAAGGUCACCUCAUACUACGAACUGACGUCGGACAAGUGUGACGGCACCGAGUGCAGUCUCGGUGACGUCAUCUGUGACGCCGCGCUGAUUGGUGCGCUGCUCGACGGCCGGAUCACGCCUCGGCCAAUCGCCGUCUGGCCCGGACAAAACCUCACCGGCAAAAUACCCAAAGGCAGCCUGACGGUGUCGCAGCUCUACGCCACCAUACCUGACGAGCAGGUGGCCCUGGCUAACGCCUCUGGCGAGACGGUCAUCAAGCUCUUCUCCCGCGCCGUGGAAGACAUGACAGUGGACGCGUCGUCAUCGAAAACCUUCCUUCAGGUGUCCGGUGUCCGGGUGACCUAUGACCUGGACCUGGCGCAGCCGUACCGCGCCAAGUACCUGAUGAACCUGUGCCUGAACUGCACCCCGCAGGAGUACCUGCCCAUCUCUAAAUCCUGGAACUACACGGUUGCGCUGCCUGUGUCGAUGGUGGGCCACCCGUACUGGAAGGACAUCACCGACGAGUUCACCGGACUCCUGGUCACCGGUUUCUCGGCCCGGGACGCUAUCUCGGCGAAGGCGCAGGUGACUGGCCGGAUCCUGUCGCCGGUGGGAGACAGAAUCGACUUCACACACAUCGCUCCGGACGUCGAUCCCACCGACGACACGUUCAUCGCCGUGCUGAGCACCGUGAUCGUCUGCAUGGUGGUGUUCGGUCUGGGGCUGUUUGGAUUCAACGUUUGGUCGCGGCGCCAGAACCAGUUUGGGUCCACCACUGCGCUCCUGCGCUAGGGACACCGCACUAAGUGAAACCAUCGCAGCUUAUCGGGAGAGUGUCAUGUGUUCAUUAGUGGUAUAAACAAUCACGCGCUGUCAAUUAAUCCUUAAUUGUGUUGCAUGGUCUGUGAUUGCGUGAUGCAUCUGGAUAAGCUUGCUACAUCUGGAUCUCAGUGUGGCAUACAUGUUUAUUGUUUGUAGAUAUAUUGGACAGGUAUGCAGUAAAGAGCCAGAAGCCUACGAAUAUAUUCAAGAAACAAUUUUGUAUCUAAUUGUUUCUUGAAUAUAUUCGUAGGCUACCUACUGGCUGUUUAUUGUUUAAGGUCAUCAUGUCCAGUUGUUCACGCAUUGCGUCAGAUUUUUCCUGCUAAUUUGGAGAUGUAGAGUGUGUCAGUAUGAUUGCUUCUCUAUCGAAUAUCUAUUGAUCCAUCAGUUGUUGCAACUGAUAUGUGCUACUAUACUCUGUUUAUUGAUCUCAUCUUACGCGUAACAACACUGAUUAAACUAUAAAUGGUUUGACAGCAGAGUGCAGACUGAUCAACGGGCCGGCAAGUACUUAUCAUGUAGAAUAUUCGAUUAAAGGGACCCUCCCACCUUAACAUUAGUUUUGAGUUGAGAUAGCCAAAUUGGUGGCCAUGGCCUGCAAAUACCGGUUUGGACACUCACAACAUCGAGAAAUGCUUUAAUUCGAAGAAAUGGAAUUUCAAACUUGCAGUUUUCGGAUUCUAAGGGGCUAAUGCAUUGGUAUGCCCCCUUAGAAUUUGUGACGUCAGCGGAGAUCUAACGAUUUUUAAAUCUUAGACUAAAACCAUCGUUAACACGUGGUGGUAUACGCUGCUUUGCGCGCAACGUCUGCCGCACUUUAAGGCUGCCAAAUUAUUGCUUCCAAAUAAAGUCGCUAGUAACAGGGAGAUCCCAAAAAGUAAACAAAAGUAAAAGCCUAAUAUCUUGAAAACCAGUGAAUAUUUUUCGGUGAAGUUUGGUAGAUAUUCGUUUUCGCUCUUUCUGAACCAAGGGACAUCACUUUCAUGCCAAUUAAUUAACUUUUUUGAAGGUGGGAGGGUCCCUUUAAGAACUAAGAGAAUAUGAUUGCAUGUAGUGUGAGCAUUUAUGCGCCUUGAAUGUAUAUCAUGUCAUCUGAUACAUCAAAUAUAAUUGCUGAGUGUG